AUGUGGCAAGACGUGUUAAUUGUACUGCUACCGGUUGUCGGAUUCGCGCAGUGUGCAGCUAGCAUAUUCAUCUUAAUAAUUUUCAUCAAGAUGAAAAAGGAAAUAUACACCUUCCUGACAGGUCUAGCAAUCACAGAUUGCUUGGCUGGAAUUGGAGGUGUUUAUGCUGGAUUUUUUGGUGUUUAUAUGACCAUAUAUGGAGAAACAGAGAAGAUAUUUCAGCGAAUCAAAAGUAUUGAUUGCUUGAUUCGUGGAUGGUUCAUCUCAAUCUGGGUUUACAGUGAUUUAUCACAAGCGGCUUUUCUGGUUGCAGCAGCGUUAGAUCGCUUAAUAUUCAUUUUUGUACCAAGCAAAUACAUGAAGGUAGCGUCGUAUUAUCAUGGAGUGCUUGUGGUUCCCGGACUGUUAGCGAUAUCAACGUCCAGUCUAGCUCCUGUCUGGAUACUCGCUAUGACCAAGCAACCCGAGAAUAGCUCAGUUUCAGCGUUCUGUUUUCCCGCGGAGGUUAUCGACAACGAUAUCGAAUAUAUUUAUCAACAAAUCCGCAUCUGGUCGCCAGUCUGUUGUUUUGCACUUCUUUGCUUGACAUUUUCGCUGUUUUUGUUCAGACAAAUCAAGCAAAGCUGGAGUUAUGCAAUUGGGAAUGAUCACACCAACAACAAACAGAAAUUUCAGCAUUUCAUUUGCAUUCUGAUUCGUUCGAUUCUCUGCAUCCUAAGCAUUAAUGUACCACUUCUGCCAAAUGCAAAUAAACCAGUAACAUCAGUGUUAUAUGCUAAUCGUGAUGUCAUUUCACGUAUCCUAUACGGCAUCAGUGUUUGCAUAUGUCAACCAAUUAUUUACUUUGCCAUAUUGAGCACAUUCCGUGACGAUGUCAGUUCUGUUUUCAAGCGCUACAGUCAUAACACUAAACGUGAAUGGAUCUCUGCAGGCGAUCCACCACUUCAAGUAGGUCGCGAACUGACGGGCGCAAACACUCAAUUCGGUAGUUGGUAUUCACUAACUGGCAAUAUCAUCGGUGAGGCUGGUCUACCUACCAUUGAAAGCAGCUAUAAAGAGCGUAGUGUCUCAUUCUACAAUGAUGCGGCUGUAAAUACCAACAAUCCGGGUAUCACGAACGCUUAUAAGAUGUCAGCAAUGAAGAAUGCUAAUAAGCAAGUGACAACGUAA